AUGAGAAAAACUCCUUUCGGCCUAAUCGAUCGAAACAUCAGAUUUCAGAGAAGGGAUUUUCUUACGCCUCUCGAUCAGAAACCAUCGUCCCUUGAACUCGAUCCCUCCAUCGUCCAAUUUCAGAACCAGUCCUGUCGACCUACCUCAGCCGCGAUCGCCAUCGGAGAAGAGAACUCCGCCCCUCUGUUCGUACGUCCGAGCAGGUCUAGAAAAGCCAUCCGCCUUUGCCCCGCCACCAGUUUCCAUCGCCGGCGAGCAGCAGGUUCCUCGUCCACUCGCGAGCAGUACCGCCGACGAACCGACGAACAAGACGAGAUGAAUUCUAGUCGGCGACCUUCACAAGCAGCAACGGCGAUCAUUCCAUCGAACCUCCAUCGCGAGUUGCAGCAAGCGACCCGAACAUCAGCGGCACCAUGUCGGCCCUCGUUCAGCGGCCCAAACAAUAGUGGCGUCCCUCGCCGGCCCGUUUGUUUCACAACAGCCCCUCGCCAGAUCUUUACACGCAAGCAGCCGUAUAGAACCUUUGCUUGCACGAUACGACGCCGCCACGACCCUUACCGUCGGGACAUUUGUAUCUGCCGGCGACGCCUUACGCAUUCGAGCACCCUGCCGGCGACGCCUUACGCAUUUGAGCACCCCCGUGUGAGUGAAAUUCCCCGUCGGCAAUCAUCGAGCAAACUUGGGCCCACCGAACAACAACUAUGCUUCAGUCGGGCGCCAAGCAGGCCCGUUCGAAUCUUGCAGCAAACCGCCGUUCGUUAUUCGCGUGACAACAGGCCUGUUUUCUUGUUCCUGAGCAGCAGCUGGGAGUUUUGCCAACGAGCAGUGGUCGGGUUCUUUUCUAGUCGAGCCGUUUUGCAGAGAGCUUUAUUACCCAGUUGUAGCCGUCCCGUUUUGCCGUUCAGCGGCACCAUCCUUGUUGCUGAGCGGCAACCGUAUCUCGGUUUCCCUCGUCAAGAAGUAGCAGCAGCCCGGCCGCGAGCUAGUUCGUCACCGAACCAAGAAGCAGGCAGGCCCUUAGCCAAGAGCCGAGAACCGUCCGAGGCCUUUCUUCUUUCGUUUCUUUCUAGCCGUUUGUUUAACCACACAGAAGGGUGUGUGGAAAUUUUUAGGGCUCUUGCACUAUUUGACCCUCUUAGGCAUGACAGUGCUGAGACUAUCAGAAGGGCGCUGGGCGUAAAUGUUAAAAUGAUAACUGGUGAUCAGCUAGCUAUUGGAAAAGAAACAGGACGUCAGUCCAUUACUGCUAUGCUUAUUGAUGAAUUGAUCGAGAAGGCCGAUGGCUUUGCUGGAGUUUUCCCUGAGCAUAAGUAUGAAAUCGUUAAGCGUUUGGAAGCUCGUAAACAUAUAUGUGGAAUGACUGGUGACGGGGUGAAGGAUGCUCCUGCCCUUAAAAAGGCUGAUAUGCUGAUGCUGCUGAUGCAGCCAGAAGUGUAUCUGAUAUCAUGCUGA